UUGUCGCUUCCGGCUUCCAGCUCACAGACAAACAGCGCUUUACUACGAGCUGCAGCACUCAUGACAACAGAAACCUCCCCACAAAGUAUGAGAGCAAGCUGCGAGAGCAUUUCACUGCUCGAUACGACAAGCUUUGAAGUUUUCGUGUAAUAAACAGAGCGAAACCCCUCCCGGGAAACCAAACUACAUUUUGAAAUCUUCUUCUUCUUUUUUAGAGGAGGCUUUUUUUGGGUGAAAAGGUGAAAAAUCGGGUGGGAAAAGCACCGGCGGCAGCGUCGAAGAAGUUCGUUUUUUUUGGAAGAAACCAAGAACACCACAGAAGAAGAGCACAUUAAGUUGUUGUAGUGCACACAGGGUAGCGUAUUCUUAUGAGUCGCGUUAAAAGUGUCAGGCACAGACAGAGAAGAGUCAUCCUCGGGAUUAUAGCUGCUGGCAUCUGGCUGUAAUAUCACUCAGACCAAUAAAAGUGUCCCGGAGAAGCCUUGGAGAGGACGGGACCUCGGGGAGUGGCGGGUGCAGGGAGCGGUGUGGAGCUGUUGCUGCGGACUGAAGACUGAAGAAACACUGAGAGCCGUCCUCCACCCCUCCCUGCUGCUCCAGGGGAGAUAGUCAGAUGUGCACUCUGCACUCAAAGCCCCUGGCCUGGCCGCAAGGAUGGCAGCCUCUGCCCUGAACGGCCUUGGAGUCAUGAACAGCAGUAAUCAGUUUCACACCCAGCCAGGCUCCUCUAGCACCGCCUCUCGAACUAGAACCAGUCCAGUGGGCCGUCCUGUGCUUCCCGUUCCUGAUCGGAGCACCUUCUGUCCGCUACUGAGCGGGGGGGCACCGGGCGGAGGUCUCUACAGCCCAACCAGCCCUAAGAGCCCUCGAACUCUGGGAGGGACUUUUGUCUUCCCUCCUUCGUCCUCUCUCUCCCCCAGCCCCACACACCGCGCUCGCUCCCCCUCCCCACGAAGCCCGGAGCUCCUGGGAGUCAAUGUGGGCCAGCGGGUCCGCCGACUGAGCUCCUCCGGGGGUGAGGAGAGAGGGGAAGGAGAAGGGCAGGAGGAGAGGGGAGGAGGGGAGACGGGAGGAGGCGAGAAGCGAGAGGACAGGAGACGCCAGGCGCAGCUGCUGCAGAUACACAGAGAGCUGCAGAACGUGGAGGUCAGGGGAAAAGUGGGCAUUUUCGAGGCUCACAUUUCCGGGAUUCGUGCCCAAGUGCUUAACACUGAGCUCCAGCGCAGCCCUCGGCCUCCAAGACGAUCGCCUAGCCAAACCCCCUCCGAUCCCAACCAAGGAAACACAGACUUUAAAUUCCCGAUGACCCACCCGCAAGAGAGUAAAGUUCCUGCUGUGGUCCAAAAUGGAAGAGAACAGGAGGAAGAAACUAUGGAAGUAGGAAGGAGAGGAGAUGAGGAGGAUAAAACAACAAAAACAGACAACAACACACUGAUUGGUCAAAAUGGCAGCCAUUCAGAAACAACAAUGCAAACUCCAUGUUUAGACGGAGCGUUUGUCGUUCGAGGCUCCCUGGAGAUGUUAAACCCAGAUGAAGGGGAGGAAACAGAGGGAGAAAAAGACCAAGGGGAGGUAGAAAACAAACAAAUGUUGGGAGACGAAAGAGAACGGACAGAGGGAGAAGUAAGAGAUGAGAAAGAGGACCGAUCUUGCCUUGAGAUGUCGCUCCAGACAGAGGGGGAUAGGUUGGAGGUUAACCCAGGAAUGGAUGCUUUCCCUCGGGCACAAAGCAGUGAGAGCGCCCACUGUUUAAUGGACACCGAUAAAACCUCCAACCACGGUCCCUCCAUCCCUGCCGUCAUUAUAACUGACCACGGGUUGGACAGCCAGGUUCAAACUUUUGAAGACCCCGGCUCAGACCAGGGGUUAGGCUGCACCCCCAGCCCCAGUUCCAGCCCCGUCCCCGGAUCAAACUUCUCCACCCGCUCCCUCAGGAAGCUGUCGUCCUCCUCUGCCUCUUCGGCCGGGUUCUCGUCCUCCUGGGAAGAGUCUGAGGAGGACAUUUCCAGUGAUACAGAGAAGGGAGAGCAGCUCCUCAACCCUGAAUUCCUCAAUUCUCAACAGAGAGCGCACAAGUCUUGGAAGAAGAUAAAGAACAUGGUGCACUGGUCCCCGUUUGUCAUGUCCUUCAAGAAGAAAUAUCCCUGGAUACAACUGGCAGGGCAUGCAGGGAGUUUCAAGGCGGGAGCUAACGGCCGUAUACUAAAAAAACACUGUGAAUGUGAGCAGCGCUGUUUGUCCCUCCUGAUGAAAGACGUGCUGCGCCCGUACGUCCCUGGUUACCACGGAGACAUAGAGAAAGACGGCCAGAAAUACAACCAGAUGGAGGACCUGCUGGCUGAGUUCGACUUCCCGUGUGUGAUGGACUGCAAGAUGGGAGUAAGGACCUACCUCGAGGAAGAGCUGACCAAGGCUCGUAAGAAACCCUCCCCGAGACCGGACAUGUAUCAGAAAAUGGUGGAGGUUGAGCCUGAUGCGCCUACGCCCGAGGAAAACCUCCAGAAAGUGGUGUCCAAACCCAGAUACAUGCAGUGGAGAGAGACCAUAAGCUCAACCGCCACCCUGGGAUUCAGGAUAGAGGGCGUCAAGAAGGAGGACGGGACGGUGAACAGAGAUUUUAAGAAGACGAAAACGAGAGAGCAAGUUACUGCUGCCUUCCAUGACUUUGUCAAAGGAAAUAAAGACGUACUGAACCUUUAUCUAAGUAGCCUGGAAGAAGUCAAAAACACUCUGGAGAUCUCCCCAUUCUUCAAAACGCACGAGGUGAUUGGCAGCUCCUUGUUAUUUGUUCACGACAGUAAGGGGCGGGCCAAAGUCUGGAUGAUCGACUUUGGGAAAACCACGCCUCUUCCUGAAGGGCAGGAACUGACCCACCGAGCAUCGUGGGUAGAGGGCAACCGAGAAGAUGGAUACCUGUCUGGACUUGAAAGUUUGGUGAACAUCAUUUUAUCCAUGGCGAACUCUGAACCUGAAGUCUGAGGGUUUAAAAAAGUUAACCAAGUGAACUUUUGGACACACGACAAACACUUCCUUUCAUUCUUCCUCUCACUCGGGAACACUUUGGACUUCCUCAAGGAUUCCUCCAUGGAAAUGUGUCCAUAUGUUGGAAACCACAUCAUCCCAUAACAAUGUUUGGCCUAAUCCAUUCAUGGACACAACCUAUUUUAUUAAUAUCCUGUCCCCUCAAGGGAUAGGCCUUUUUCACAACACUUUUUUCUGUAUUUUUUCUACUAUGACAAAGAAAUGUCUGCUGUGAAAAAAAUCUCUUUUUACAAGAAAUAAGUAGAUUACCUAAUCCAAAUUGAAAGCUAAGGCUAAUGAUAUUUCAUAUUUUUUAUAUUUUUAACAAAAAAACAAACAAACAUAAAAUGUCCAAAAUCAACAAUAUUAGUUUGUCUUUCAAUAUCUGCCCAGCAUGUACGUUUUUCUCAGCCCGAAGCCAAUUUAAUCCUGACGAAGACAUAAAUAUGUACAAAAAUGA